AUGUCCAAGAAAGAAUAAGGUUCGAAGAAGAACAUUCAACUGGACUUGAACAACAGCACAGUAUCUAAUGGUAACUAGCAGUAGAAUGCUAAUACUUCUAACAUUAUGCCAAAUCUGAGCAACUUCAGUGAUUAGAAGACAUCCCCUACACUUAACGGAUCCUAGCCAAAGACAGUUAAAAAUUCCUAGGAUUAGAUUCAACAGAUUUACAACCUGAAGAUGAAUGUUGUAUCACCUAAGAACAAUACUACUCGGUCGAAUUCCUCUUUCAAGUCAUCAGCAACUAACAACUUGAUGCCAACCAAUAUAAACACUUCUGGAAUCGACAGUCCCACCAGUCUACUGCAAGCUUAAAUGAUCAGAUAGACAGUGGAGAGAGAGGAAAAACUAAUUCAAAACAGAGUGCAAAUGCUUCAAAAUGAGGAGAGGAAGCUAAUGAAGAAGAUUUAGGAGACCAGAUAGAAAGCAGAGAAAAUGCUGGAAAUCAAAGCUUUGAAUGAGCAGGAAUACAUUGAGAGAAUGCAGUAACGCAUGAAGAGAGAGCAGGAGCUAGAAAUGGAAAGAGAGAAAUUUAACCAACUCAAGAAUUAAUCAAUGUAAAUAAAACAGGUUCGAACAUAGAGUCUGUUUAAUCAAAAACGUAACGAUUAUCUGGAAAUCAAAAGUCAGCGAGAGCAGAUUAGAAAAGACUCAAUGGACAUUUAAAAUCUUAAGACUUAGAUCAAUCAGGAAAAGCGUGAUAGAGUUUAGAAGUCUCUGCAUGAGGCUCGCAAGAAAAUAGAAGACAUACAUAUGUAAAAGGAAAGUGAAAGAAAAGAGUUUUAUCAGUUCAGACUUGAGAAAAACACACAAGUAAUAUAGGAGAAGUCAGAGAGAAUCAGGAAAAUGGAAGAAUUAGAGAACUAGCUCCUGAGUAGGCUUAAGAACUCGCAGACAGCAUAGAAUGAAGCUAUUGAGAAGCUUAAGAAUUCAUUCUCAUAGACUCAAUAAAAGAUCAAGGACAGAGUGUAACAGCUUCAAGACAUUAAGAAACCUCAUUGA